CCAACAUUUGCAGACGUACACAACUUGCCAGCAAGCAUUCGCGUUGUAAAAGUAAAAAUUUUUCCGAUUUUCGAUUUCCGAGCUUGCAUAAAUAAAUAAAAAACAAACGAAAACUUACGUGAACUUUAACUAUUGUGUUCGUGAAAAAAUUAAUUACAUCCAGUGUGCAUCAAUUUGAAAAUGUGUAUUAAACUGGUCGUCAUUGCUAUCUCGCUCGCUUGCGCCAGCGCCGAUGUCUCGCACAUUCUACAUCAAAACGGCUACACCACAACAACACCACAGCCAGGGCCACCCAAUCCAUAUGUCUUCAGCUAUCAGGCUGGCCGUGCGCCAGGUCAUGUGGAUCGUCAGCAUACAGAGGUCUCUGACGGCUCAGGUGUGGUACGUGGCGCCUUCUCUUAUGUAGAUCCGAAGAAUCAAUUGCGUACCGUACAAUAUGUAGCCGAUGAGCAUGGUUUUCAUCCGCAAUUGAGUCACGAACAGGAAGACACGGAGGCGGUGAAACAGGCGAAGCGCAAGCAUUUUGCGCUCUACAAUCGCAUUGCGCAAGAACAUGCCGCUGAGGGUGUGAAUGGCGCACCGAAUGCUGCCUAUGCCGCGGGACCGCGCAAUACCGAGGCUGUCGCUUACGCCACACACAAGCAUCUUAGCGAAUUCGAGCGCAUCGCGGCGGAACAUGCGCGCAUGCGCGCCGAACUCGAGGCACAGCGCUUGAACAAUCCACAGGAUGAUGGCCAGUAUCAUGGCGAGGAGGAGCAGCAGUAUCAACACUACUAGAGUGCGCCGUCUUCUUCAACUGUUGCACUUGAGUUCUACGUAGUUGAAUUCUUUAGCAAUUUUCUUAUGUGAUUUUUUGUGUACCCCCCACCCCCCACAGUCGCAGCUUCAAUGUCUAUAUGUAUUGUAUAUUUGUAAUCCGUUUGGCUUGCCAAUAAAAAUGUUUAGUGCACCGCA